AUGUCUAUUGUAACACUAUUCGUUGAUACCUCUGACGAGAAGGUCAGUUCUGAGAGACGCUUUGAUAAGAGUUUGACCAUCUCUCAGCUCAAGUACAAGCUUGAGCCUAUCACUGGUAUUCCCUACUCUACACAAAAGAUCGAUCUCUUUCAAGGCAACAACCUUCAAGGAUCACUGGACGAUGACAACAAAAUGUUGGGAGCGUACCCUGUCGAGGACUAUAUGAGAAUCCAUAUUACGGAUACGAACCCACAUCGUGUCAGAAACCAAUACACAGAUGUUUCACUCGUCGAAAAGUUUGAGUUGACAGAGGAUGAAUACGAGAAGAGAACAGACACGGUCAGAGCUUUCAAAGAACGUAACAAAUUAGGUAGAUUUUCGGCUGAAGCCGCUGCCAAAGAAGAAGCCAUCGAAACAGCAUAUGAAAACGCAGCUAAACAGAUCAAGGUCGGUGAUCGAUGCGAGGUUUUAGGAGACGAUUACACUGCGCAGCGACUUGGCACUGUCAGAUUUGUGGGAGAAACAAAGUUUCAGCCAGGAUUAUGGGUUGGCAUUCAGUACGAUGAGCCAUUAGGCAAGAAUGAUGGUAGCGUGCAAGGGGAAAGAUACUUUGAGUGUCCUCCAAAGUAUGGUGGUUUCGUGCGUCCUACAAAAGUGAAUGUUGGUGAUUUCCCUGAGGAGGAGCUGCUUCUAACAGACGAUGAGCUUGAAGAGAUGUAG